AUGAUGUCGGGAGAAAAACGCCCUGCUCCAGAAGCCUUCGGGUCUUCAAGUCAACUGGUCGUCAAGCGAAAGAAGUCCGAUGCUGACCUCAACCCGAGCGCUGCGGUGGUCAAGGGCUCGUCGCAGAAUGGUGCUCUGGUGCAAUCGGUACCUCGCACCAGUGGGCUCGAUGCGCCCAUCAUGGAGCUCACAGCUUUGGGGAGGGAAUUAGGACAUUCUGGGGAAGUUUUCACUGUUCGGUUUGAUCCGACCGCCCAACAUAUCGCAUCCGGCUCGAUGGACCGUUCCAUCUUGCUGUGGAAUACAUACGGACAAUGUGAGAACUAUGGCGAAUUGACUGGCCACAAGGGCGCAGUCCUUGAUCUACAAUGGGCGCGCGAUUCGCGAGCGCUCUUUUCUGCGUCUGCAGAUAUGACACUGGGAAGCUGGGAUCUGGAAACUGGGACACGCGUGCGCCGCCAUGUGGGCCACGAGGAGAUCAUCAAUUGCCUCGAUAUCAGCAAGCGAGGGCAGGAAUUACUCAUCAGUGGUAGCGAUGACGGCUGCAUAGGUAUCUGGGACCCCCGCCAAAAAGAUGCAUUGGAGUACCUGGAGACCGAGCUCCCUAUCACGGCGGUUGCUCUUUCAGAGGCUGGAAAUGAGAUUUACAGUGGCGGCAUUGAUAAUACCAUCCAUGUCUGGGACCUGCGCAAGAAGGCGAUCGUCUACUCAAUGGCCGGACAUACCGAUACCAUUACCUCACUUCAGAUCUCACCUGACUCGCAGACCCUUCUGUCGAAUUCUCACGACUCGACUGUCCGAACAUGGGAUAUCCGGCCAUUUGCCCCGACCAACCGCCAGGUGGGAACUUUUGACGGUGCUCCUGUUGGCCUGGAGAAGAACCUCAUUCGCGCCAGCUGGGAUCCAAAGGGAGAGAAGAUUGCCGCUGGUAGCGGUGACCGCAGUGUGGUUGUCUGGGAUGCGAAGACAAGCAAGCUUCUUUAUAAACUGCCAGGUCAUAAGGGCACAGUUAACGAUGUCCGCUUCUCUCCGAACGAUGAGCCAAUUAUUGUUUCAUGCUCAUCAGACCGUAAUCUGAUGCUGGGUGAGCUUGGCAAGUGA